AUGUUUAGAAUAUUAAUUUUGGUUUUGUCAAUCGGAUGCUUCUGUGAUUAUACAGUUGGCUAUGAAGUGCCACCGGCCAAAUUAGAAGCUAUUUAUCCUAAAGGACUCAGGGUAUCCGUGCCAGAUGAUGGCUACUCACUUUUUGCCUUUCAUGGAAAACUUAAUGAAGAAAUGGAAGGGUUAGAAGCGGGUUAUUGGUCUAGAGAUAUUACUAAGCCUAAAAAUGGAUUAUGGAUCUUUAAUGACAAAGAUGCUCAAUUAAGAAUUGGUGAUAAAAUCUAUUUUUGGACUUUUGUUAUAAAAGAUGGUCUUGGAUAUAGGCAAGAUAACGGUGAAUGGACAGUUAAAGGGUACGUCGACAAAGAAGGUAAUCCUGUAUCAAAUGAAUCUGACGUAACUGAAGUCCCACCUCAAACUACCUCAUCGACACAACCCUCUUCUCAAAUCUUUCCAAACGAGCCUACGAAUAACAAAGGACCAGAAAGAUAUCCAUGUGAAAUAUCAAAGUCAAAAGUAUCAGUACCAGGAUUUGUUUGUAAAGGCCAAUUAUUAUUCGAGGACAAUUUUGACUCAACUAUUGAAAAAAGCAAAAUAUGGACCCCGGAAAUAAAAUUCCCGGGGGAGCCAGAUUAUCCAUUCAACGUGUAUUUAUAUGACAAGAACAUGCGAGUGAGAGGUGGACAACUCAGUAUUCAACCAGUAACCGUAGAGUCAAAGUACGGAGAAGGUCUUGUGUCUCUAGAUCUUACAGCAAGAUGCACAGGACUUCUUGGUACAAGUGAAUGUUACCGUGAAGGCACCGGACCUAUAAUCUUGCCUCCUAUUAUUACUGCAAAAAUAACAACCAAAAAGAGUUUUAACUUCAAAUAUGGCCGUAUAGAGGUUGGGGCUAGAAUGCCAUUAGGUAGCUGGCUGAUACCAGAGAUUCAACUUGAGCCCAAAGAAAAUGUUUAUGGAGCCCAAAACUACGCUUCAGGAUUAUUACGCAUCGCCACAGUUAAAGGAAAUGUGGACUAUUCCAAGAAAUUAUACGCAGGGCCUAUAUUAACAGCAGAGGAACCUUACAGGAGUGCUCAUCUAAAAGAAAAAAUUGGUUUUGAUCAUUGGAGCAAGACAUUCCAUAAUUAUACGCUGGUAUGGAAACCAGAUGGUAUUUCUCUUUAUGUGGACGGCGAGAAUUAUGGAGAUAUCUCUCCGGGAGAAGGUUUUUCCGCGGAAGCUAAAGACAAAGGAGUAGUAGCUGCACCACAAUGGCUUAAAGGAACCGUGAUGGCACCUUUUGAUGAACUGUUCUACAUCUCAUUGGGAUUAUCGGUGGGAGGCGUGAACGAGUUUCCCGACGAACCCAACAAACCGUGGACAAAUAAAGCGGCGAAAGCAAUGCUUAACUUCUGGAACGCUCGAGACCAGUGGUUCUCAACCUGGUUUGAUGACACGAGUUCUCUGAGGAUUGAUUACGUCAGAGUAUACGCACUU